UUUCCGGUACAGAAAAUCAUGUGUUGGCGUGUUUUCGUUUUUGAAUGAACUGUAAAAUAAAAAGUAAAUGGAGGAUCGUGUCUACUUGAACGAGCGUUGCAAGGCUGCACUAAAGAAAACUUUUGGUCACGAAGACUACCGAUCAGAACUUCAAAGACGAGCAGUUGAAACAGUAAUCAAAGGAAAGAAAGAUGUGUUUGUGUCUAUGCCAACUGGAGCUGGAAAAUCUCUGUGUUAUCAGCUCCCGGCUGUCGUAUCUAGGGGAAUCACACUUGUGGUGUCACCCCUGAUUGCUUUAAUACAAGAUCAGCUGGACCACCUACUAGCAAUUAAGGUUCAAGCAGCUUCUUUGAACUCCAAGCUUUCUUCUAAGGAAAGAAAGCAAGUGCUGGGUGAUUUACAAAGCAAGAAACCCAGGGUGAAGUUAUUGUAUAUCACACCAGAGUUAGCUGCCACAGACAACUUUCGAGAAAUUCUUGAGAAACUGCAUGCUAGAAAAUUAUUGAGUUAUUUAGUUGUUGACGAAGCCCACUGUGUGUCUCAAUGGGGCCACGAUUUCCGCCCAGAUUACCUCAAGUUGGGAUAUCUAAGAACCAAGCUUCCAGGUUUGCCUUGUGUGGCACUGACUGCAACUGCAACACCUCAUGUGGUUCAGGAUAUCUAUAAAUCUCUUCACCUUAAAGAACCUGUGGCAAAAUUCAAGAGUAGCUGCUUUCGCCCAAACCUGUUUUAUGAUGUGUCAAUGAAGGAGAUAAUUGAGGACCCAUAUCAGGACCUGUAUGAAUUUGCUGUGAAAGCUUUGACAGGAGACAGCCCUGAUAACUCACUCACGCAAGCCUGUGGCAGUGGUAUUGUAUACUGUCGGACCAGAGACGCCUGUUCCGAGGUGGCAGGAAGACUCAGCAGGAAGGGACUACUGGCCAAACCAUACCAUGCUGGCCUGAAAGAUUCUUUACGAACAGAGGUUCAGAAUGAUUGGAUAGAAGGGAGACUGCAUGUGAUAGUAGCCACCAUUAGUUUUGGAAUGGGUGUGGACAAGGCUGACGUCAGGUUUGUGGCUCACUGGACCAUCCCUAAGUCAAUGGCAGGCUACUACCAAGAGUCAGGACGAGCUGGGAGAGAUGGCAAGUUGUCAUUUUGCCGCCUGUAUUACUCUAGACAUGAGAGAGCCACCAUAGUUUUCUUGAUACAACAGGAGAGCUUGAGACAAACAGCAAAUGGGGCAGCACAGGGUAAGAUAGCUGAUGGCUUAUCAAUUCACAGCAAGGCCUCGCAGGAAAGUUUUCAAACCCUGGUCAACUACGUGGAGAAACCCCAAUGCAGACAUGCAGCUAUCGCCAAAUACUUUGAAGAUGACAGACCAGAUUGCAAUCAAGGCUGUGACUACUGCAAAAAUCCGCGUCAGGUGGAAAAAAUGGUGGACAUGCUACAGAAAGGGGUUUACGCCAAUGCCAACAAGGAUCGCCGUAGCAGGACCAUGAUGGUGACGGAGUCUGCAGGCCCUGAUCCUGAUAUGUAUGGAGGGGGGAGAAAAGGAGCUCGGAGGUGUGCAUGA